UAAAUUAAAAAUCGUAAGUCGAUAGUUAUAUAUAAAUCACAAUGUCUCGUGGAACUUCAGCGGGUUUUGAUAGACACAUAACUAUAUUUUCUCCCGAGGGGCGUCUCUAUCAAGUUGAGUAUGCUUUUCAUGCAAUCAACCUUGAGAACGUCACUUCAGUGGCCUUAAAAAGCGGUGAUUGUGCUGUGGUCGCCACUCAAAAGAAAGUGCUGGGCAAAAAUGUUGUGCCCGAGUCGGUGACUCAUUUGUUUAGCAUUACCCCGGAAAUUGGAUGCGUUAUGACCGGUCGCAUUGCGGAUUCUCGAGCACAGGUGCAAAGGGCGCGUUAUGAGGCCGCCAAUUUCAAGUAUAAAUUUGGUUAUCCGAUGCCAGUCGAUAUACUUUGUCAACGUAUUGCAGACCUGAAUCAGGUGCACACACAGAGUGCUGAGAUGCGUCCGCUGGGCUGCAUUAUGGUGUUAAUAGCACAUGACGAUGAACGGGGACCGAGUGUCUAUAAAACUGAUCCGGCUGGCUAUUAUUGUGGCUUUCGGGCUUGCUCUGCGGGUGCCAAAAAGAUUGAAGCCGAGAGUUACUUGGAAAAGUGGUACAACGACACUUUGACCGAGGACAAGGCUAUACAAUUGGCCAUCAAUUGCUUAUCCAGCGUGUUGGGUGCGGACAUUAAACCCAAUAACAUUGAAAUUGGCAUUGUGAGUGAAAGGAAUCCGCAAUUUCGAAUACUCGAAGAGGCUGAAAUCGAAAAUCAUCUAAUUAAAAUCAGUGAAAAGGAUUAAACUACAAGCUUAAGAGCCUCAAGCAUGAAAAGAAUAAAUCCUUAGCAUAGAAUAU